UUCCCGCCAAAAACGAGACGCAGAAGAUCGCUUAAACCCUAAAUCAAAGCAAACUGUUUUCUCUUCUCACUUCGUAUCGUAUGGCGCCAUCAGCAGCAACUGCCGAUUCUUCGCCUCCUCCUUCAACUUCUGGUACCACUGAAAAUCAUCUUCAGCCAGUUUUUGUUCUUCACAAAGCUGCUUCUCGGAAAUAUGAGAGAAAGUCAACAGGAACAACAAAAACCAAGAGGAGGAUUGAUUUAUCUUCAUCAAUACCUAAGAAUUUUGAGAAAACAGAUUCCGAGAGUACUGAAGAUUUUGAUGAUGAUCCCUAUGUCAACUUGCGUAUGGAAGCUUUUGAGAUUGUGUGGACCAAGAUUGAGUCCACAAUCAAGGAUGUUUUAUGGAAUAUCAAUACUAAUGUCUUCAACGAGAUUCAUCAUUGGGUUCGUGAGUCCUUCAAUACUAUUAAAUCAUUUGGAACGCUUACUUCCCAUGAAGCAACUCAAGCUUUUCCCAUUAUGAAAGAUGUUUCUUCUAAGCAAUUGUUCACUGGGCUUGUUCUAACCAAAAAUAUGGAGUUUGUUGAUGAUCUGCUGACUUUCGAAGAGCUUGGCCACUUUUUGAAAUCUCAAGGAUGCCAUGUGGCUAACCUUUCAUCAGUAGAUUUUACGGCUAAGAGUGGGAUUGGUGGUUGUCUUAGAAGUUUAUUGAGACAAUUUGUGGGGGCUUCUUCAGAUGCAAUUGAUAUGUCCAUCAUGGCAUCCUGGUACAGAGGACAGGGAAACUAUAAUAACCCAGUUGUUGUAAUUGUCAAUGAUAUUGAGCGAUGUUCUGGUUCUAUAUUGUCCAAUUUCAUCCUUAUGUUGAGUGAGUGGGUACUCAAGGUUCCAGUCAUAUUGAUAAUGGGAGUUGCAACAACACUUGAUGCUCCAAAAAGCAUACUGCCUUCUAACGUGCUUCAGUGCUUGUCCUCUUAUAAGUUCACUUUGGGAACCCCAGCUGAGAGAAUGGAUGCAGUUGUUGAUGCUGUUUUUGUGAAGCAAUGUUCUGGGUUCAUCAUCAGCCACAAAGUGGCAGUUUUUAUGAGUAAUUACUUUGUGAGGCAGGAUGGAACUUUGACCUCUUUUGUUAGGGCAUUGAAGGUAGCAUGUGUCCAGCAUUUCUCCAUGGAACCUCUAAGCUUUUUAAUCAGAGGGUUUUCGCUUGAAGAGGAUGGACAGGUGUUACAUGAUGGAUUAUUAUCGAAAAUGAUAUUGAAGCAUGCUUUCAACUUACCAUCUUAUGAAAGGAACAAAAUUGAGGAGCAGAGUGUUGAAAGAUUUGCUACUGGUUUGUCAGAAUUGAAGAGAUUGAAAAAUCAAUGGGGCACUAUGGUUUCGUGCCUCUAUGAAGCUGCAAAAGGUGAUAAAAUUCAGCUAUUAGACCUUUUGCGUGAAGCACUUGAUCCAACAUCAUGCAAUUCUACAACUUCUAAUUCUCACAUAAAAUUAGAGAAAGAUAUAGGUGCAUCUUCUUCAAAAGAUUGUCAACAAUAUCCUAUGUUGAGAAGAGGUGGUUUUAUAUGUCAAGCUGUACGCAAGGUGAAGGAUCUUCCUGCAUCACAGUUGUGGAAGCUGCUCAAAAGAUGGGAAGGGCUUACAAUGAAUGUCAACGAGAUGCAUGAAAAAAUCAAGGAGUUGCUGUCUCUAUUGAAACUUGAGAAUGGCAAGAGUUCAAAACAACAUAUGGUUGACAUCUCCAAGUUUUUGGUUCUGACCACGAUGCUUUGGAAGAUUGGCAUGAAAGAUUUAAAGUUUGAACUAGAAAUGGGAAAAAGGAAUCCUCAAAGAAAUCAUGCUAGGAGAAAUGCAUCUCAGAGUCAGUUUAACAUUGAGGACUCCAAAGCGGUAAACGUGAAAGCUGCUGCAUUAAUGGAGUGCAUGGUUUGGGAUUAUAUGCAACCCAUUGAGUGCUUACCUUUCCAUGAAAUCAUCUGCUUUAAGAAUGUCGAGAAACUUCAAUUGGCCUUAAUUGGAGACCCAAGAAGAAGGAUUCAAGUAGAUCUUCUGGAAUUCUACAAAAUCCUCAGAUGUAGUUGCUGCAGCAGGAUUGGCGAUACCCUAUCGCCAUCAAUGCAUGACACAUCAAUAAUGUAUAACCUAGCCCAGGAGCAUGGUGAUUAUAUUAACCUCCAUGACUGGUACAAUUCAUUCAAAUCAACAGUUCUUUGUCCAAUAAAUAAAGGGAAAAACAAAUCAAAGCAGUCCCCAAUACCGAAGAAAAGAAAGGAAAUGAAUGAACCUAAGAAGCAGAGUGAAGCUUCAAUUCAAGCACGGUUUUGCAGGGUGGUUACAGAGCUCCAGAUUACUGGGCUCAUUCGGAUGCCUACCAAAAGACGGCCAGAUUAUGUGCACAGAGUGGCAUUUGGAUUGUAGGAUAUAAAGCAAUUGACAUUGUCCAAUCUGUUUUAUUUAACCCUUUAAAUCUAAUCUCCGUGCAAAUCGAUAAUGAUCUUUUGUGCAAAUAUAUAAUUAUUUUUAUUGACAUUGAUCAGUGGAAUCAUAGAUUUCAAAUAUUUGCUAAGGUCUGCCCAAUCAAUGUUAAAUCAG